AUGAAGCUAAUUGGAGUCAUGACUUUCGUGCUUUAUGCAAUAGGCAUUUUAUUGUUUCUAACACCAACCUCUUCUCUACAAGUCAACUCUCGCUAUUCAUCUCCUAGCCAAGGUAUAAGCGAAAAGAUUGUUAUUAAAAUGGCGCCACGGAAGCUCAUGAUCAUCUCUAGUGAAGAACAUGUGAUGACGUCAACAGUUCAUGAAGGUUCAGGCGAGCAACUACGAGUCUCUUCUUCAGUAAAAUUUAAGAGUGAAGAGAAGAAACUAAGUGAAAAAGAAGAGGAGAAUGCUCUAUCGAAAUACCUAUCCAUGGAUUAUCCAAAGUUUAGAAGAAGAAGGCCAGUUCACAACAAGUCUCUACCACUAAGUCCAUGA